AAUAAUCUCUCUCACCGUUGUUGUGGUUAUUGAGAGUGUGAUUUCACCGGCGGUGACAGCCACAGCUUCCAAGAGAAAUGCUCAACCAUUUCCUCUAUCGCUCCUACACUCCUUUCCUCUUCUCCAGAUCCUUCUCCUCUACGCUUUUCGUUAAAGGCAUAUCUUUCUCAAGCACAGAAGAGACAUUAACCCAAGCAUUUUCUCAAUAUGGUCAAGUUCUCAGAGUGGAUGUUAUAAUGGAUAAAAUCAGAUGCAGACCAAAAGGGAUUGCUUAUGUCACAUUCUCUUCUAAAGAAGAAGCCGGGAAAGCUUUAUUAGAACUCAACGGCCGGUUGGUGGACGGGCGGGUCGUGAUCCUUGACAUAACAAAAGCUGGAAAACACAAUCCACCAGAUACCAAGCCGAAGCAUGCAGGUGGUGAUAGCUGAUACUUCUCUUUUGUCAACUUGUUAGGUUAAAUUUUGAGACUCAGAAAAACUUCAAACCAGUUUUGAGGUUAUUUGGCAUUGGGGAGUUAGUUUUAGAGUUUGAUGUGCCAUAAAAAAGAGUUAGGAGCUUU